AACAAAGCUCUUGUUCUGUGUCAGGCCUUUACCUUUGCUUCCAGAAGGUCCCUGGGAGAGGGAGGACUGGUUGGCACUUGGCCUUUCUCUUGUGACUGCUGACUACAGAGCCUAUGGUGUCGGGGUUGUUGCAAUAUGAACUUGCACCUGUGCCCUAGCAAACUGGCCUGCGAAAAGCAUUGCCAGAAAAGAGCAGCAGGUAAGCUGGAUCUCUGUUCCUGGGAAACCCCUUCUGAGCUGUAGAGAUCAUGCACAGAAAACAAGUGCUGUGCCACUUGUAAGAUUGCCUUGGUACUGCGCCCCUCUGUCCUGCUGCAAUGAGUGGGAAGUCCUUGCUCUUAAAAGUCAUUCUCCUUGGGGAUGGUGGAGUUGGGAAAAGUUCCCUCAUGAACCGGUAUGUCACCAACAAGUUUGACUCACAGGCUUUCCACACGAUUGGUGUGGAGUUCUUAAACCGGGACCUGGAGGUGGAUGGACGUUUUGUGACCCUCCAGAUUUGGGACACUGCGGGACAGGAGAGAUUCAAGAGCCUGCGAACCCCCUUUUACAGGGGAGCAGACUGCUGCCUGCUGACCUUCAGUGUGGACGACCGGCAGAGCUUCGAGAACCUCAGUAAUUGGCAGAAGGAGUUUGUCUAUUAUGCUGACGUGAAGGACCCUGAACACUUCCCAUUUGUAGUCCUGGGCAACAAGAUAGACAAACUUGAGAGACAAGUGAGCACAGAGGAGGCCCAGGCCUGGUGCAUGGAAAACGGUAACUAUCCAUACCUGGAGACUAGUGCCAAGGAUGACACCAACGUGGCAGUAGCCUUUGAGGAGGCUGUGCGACAGGUGCUGGCGGUGGAGGAGCAGCUAGAGCACUGCAUGCUGGGCCACACCAUUGACCUGCACUCCAGCUCCAAAUCAGGGUCCUCCUGCUGUUAAGAGUGACUGCUGCUUCGGGAACCUCGCUCGAGCCAGUGGCUGGAUUAGAAUAAGCGUGGGCAGCUCUGGGGCACUCUGAGGAGAGUGGCCACAAGGACACUAGGUGGUUUGCCCCUGCGGAGUUGCAGCCUCACCAUCUGAAUUCUGGCUGGAGUUUUCAGACACAGAGCAUGUAUCUGCAGGAGGAAGCUGUUAAAAAGCACGUGAGCGUAGUCCUGCUUCCAUCUCUGCCUGUUUUAGCAGGUUUAAAGGACUGGGUUAAAGUCCUUUAGAUUCACUAAAGACACUGGUGACCUGAUCUGUACCAAGAACUGCCUGUGGAACAAAGCUGAGAGCGCUCUAGACACUCUUUGAAGUAUUUUAGUCCUGAACUCAAAAAAAUAUUAGACCCACUAAACUCAUGACCUUACUGCCAAAGGAAAGUCUGCUCAGCAUACUGAACGAAACCUGUUGUGGAGACUCUAGCGCACGCGACUGCGAGAAUGCCAAAUACUAGUGUGGCUGAGAUGUGUGUAUCUGUGGUUUGGGAUAAGUGCAUUCUGUCCUGAGACUGAAUUGUGCUGAGAAUUGUUAGAGCUCUGAUAUGAAGCAACGUAUGAAGGAGAGAUGGACCUGUGGCAGCAUCACCUCUCCGUAGCUGCCUAUUUCUGGUCUGCUUUCCCUGACCUCUAACUUUGUCUUCUGUGAGUGUUAUUUUGUGGAGAGACUGUCUGCUGCUUGUUUAAUGUAUGUUUCCUUGUCUCUUCUGGAGGCUCAACACUGGAUUUUGCUUCUUGUACCUUGAAGCCCUGGAUGAAAAAUACCAAUAUGGACGCUCACGAUGUCAUGUCAAAGGGUUUAGAGUUACUCAGGAGGUCUGGAGUGUGAAACUUCAGCUGGUUUCUGUCACAUGUCCAGAUGACGUUCUCUAGCAGACCAGAUGGUGGGUGGGUGGAAUGUCUCCUAGGUGUGCAGGUGGCUGGGGGAGUCAUGACCAUUAACAGUGGUCAGCUGUUAAAUCCACCCAUGCAGGGCCGGUGACCACUGUGCUUCGUUAGCUGGCAGAUCAGCAUCUUCAGUUGCUUUAGCACAGAUGUUCCCAUCUGGAUGCUGCAUCAUAGAACCAUUCACUUUAUUACCUGCUGUGUCAGGUGCGGUGCUGCUGAGCACAGCUAAUUCAUGCCAUUGUCCUGGCCCUUAUUCCCGAAUGGGGAGUCCAGUACGUUUAAUCUGUAAUUCAUAUGACAGACUUUACUGGUAGAGGAUGUCCACUCGUUUAAGUGGCCUUUGUUAGUGGCUGCUGUGCUCAGUCCACUGGGGAGGGAGCUGCGCUGGUUCAACCUCUGUUCAAGGUGGCUACAAAAUGGUAGGGUCAGAGGGGACAGGGAACCUUCUAGAAAAGGACACCAGGCUUUGCCAAUCCCAGCUCCUGCCCCUGCUAGGUGUUAGUCCCAAGCUGUCUGUGUAGCAGAGAUGAGUGCUUGCUGACUGCUGUCUUUACCAUUAUAACCUCAUGUCCUGCAACUUCCCGUGCAAGUGUUUGUCCAAAACUAUGACUUUGCCCAUAAGCACACAGGAUCCUGCCAUGGGGAGAACUUCCCUGAGUACGUCUCCGCUAGCUGCUGAGUGUGAUCCUCACUGUGAUGGGCUACUGGAUGGUAAAUUUUGUAGCUCAAAUCAAGCAGCCUCACUUAUGCUGUGCUUUGGAGCAGGGCAAUCAUGCCCUCGUGCUGGCUGGUGGCAGCUAAUCCCCAUCGCCAAGCAGUCUCUGAGCAUGCAGGGAGUCUCCUCUGGGGGAACUCAGGGUGAUCCUGCCCUUCUCUGCAGGGCAGCCACGUGUGUAAGGGACUGAAGCUUUAAUGCGAAGUGCUUUAGAGGGAUCGGAUUUCUAAACAGCGCUGAACACUCUCAUUCGCAGGGAUAGAUAGGGAGUGCUUGCAGUCUCUGGAAAACCAGCUCCCUUGAGGUAUAGGAGAAGGCUCUGCCUCUGUAGGUGCAACAGAUUUUUACAGGAUAGUAAAGUUAUUGUUACUGUUUAUUUACCAAUGUCUGGCGUCCCCGGGCCUCUAGAUUUUUUUUCAGUUUAACACUGCUUGUUAUUUCCUUCGAGAUCCCAGACUGUGACCUGUGGUUCUGAUUUACAUCUCUGAACAGACACAUUUGCACAGGGUCCCAGUGCUGGAACAAGCUCAGACCCUUGUGCGCUGCCAGAGGGGCUGCUGAGGGAUCCCAUGGGAUCUGUGCGAGGACUGGUACCUCCUGUGGGAGAGGGCGGGUGCAGCACGCUGUUUGCAGUACCCUGGGUGCCUGUCGAUGCUGAUAGCUGAAGCUCAAGAGCCUCAUUGUGCCCAGGCUGUGCAGACGGUAUGUAUUGCCAGAGGGUGUUACACAGGAUCUUUUAUUCCUAACAGACAUUAGAUCGUUGACUUUUUUUAAAAAAAAAAAAAACGAACUAUUUUAUUAGGCUUAUGUGUUUUUAAAAAUCCAUUUUAAAAAAGUAUAGUAUAAUAUAUUUAAAUUGUUUAAUUUAAAUGAUACGCACAAUUUCCAAAGGAGCCAGGAUUUUGAACUCUUUGUUGCAAAGUUCAGUGCCAACAGCCAUCCCCUCCCUGUGUCCACUCAUGCUGCUGCGGUUGUUGCUAUUGCUACAGAACUGGCAUUGUAAAACCGAGAUUCUACCUUUAUUUAAGCAAAUAAAACAUGGAUGUAUUCAAGUGAAUUCA